AUGCCUCUCGAUGCGAAGGAGGCACGUAGAAGACGGUCUAGUAGCUUGGUCUAUCACGAACCCCCGGAGUCUUUGGAGCAGCUCAGCGACCAGUCUGUCUUGCCAAACUUGAAUUCACAAUGGGUGAACGCUAAGGGUGCCUGGGUGAUUCACUUCGUAUUGAUUCUAAUGGGAAAGAUCUUAUUCGACAUCAUCCCCGGAGUCUCUCAAGAAACGUCCUGGACCCUGACUAACAUCUCGUAUACCUUCGGCUCCUAUCUCAUGUUCCACUACGUCCGCGGUGUACCCUUUGACUUUAACUCUGGUGCCUACGACAAUCUGAACAUGUGGGAACAGAUCGACAACGGAGCACAGUAUACACCAGCAAAGAAGUUUCUCUUAAUGGUCCCUAUAACGUUAUUCCUAGUCAGUACUCAUUAUACUCAUUACGAUUUGACGUACUUUAUCAUCAAUGUUACGGCUACAAUAGCUGUAAUCAUACCAAAACUCCCAGCAGUAAGAUACGCAUCGGCAUUUUCUCAGGCCCUCCCGAUGAUGACAACUAAACAAAAUUCCGCACGUACGCUAUUACAAAUAUUGACAUCCAUUCAUAAAUUUCAACCCCCCAGCUUUCGAUUAUUCCAGAUUAAACCAUCUCAGAUGUGGUCUCAGAUCGAGGCGACGCCCUCACAUCUUACUUACCUCGUUCUUACAUUCUUCUUACUUAAUUACGCUCUCUUCUCCCUACUCAUCCGGAACAGACUUCACCUUUCCGAGCCUCCUCUUGCAACUGUUUUUGGCAUCAUUGUUGGCCCGCGUGGUAUCGGCGCGCUUCAGCCAUACAAAUGGGGGUUUUCCGAUGACGUCGUGCAGGAAUUCACGCGUGUGGUAGUCGGCGUACAAUGCUUCGCAGUCGGAUUGGAAUUGCCACAAGAUUAUUUUCGCCGAACAUGGAAAAGCAUCAGUAUUUUGCUCGGUCCUGUCAUGGCGUUCGGCUGGCUUGUCUGUGCCAUGUUCAUCAAAUUGAUCUUCAGAACGGACAUACCCACGGCCCUAAUCAUCUCAGCUUGUCUGACACCGACAGAUCCAGUACUUGCAGCUUCAGUCCUGGCAAACUCUCAGUUCAGUACUAGAGUCCCAAAACGUAUUCGCGAUCUCUUGUCCGCGGAAAGCGGUUGCAACGACGGCGUUUCCUUUCCAUUCAUCUACGUGGGCAUCAGUAUCCUCACACGAUCUACUGUUGGCGGCAUUGUGAAGAAGUGGUUUCUGAUCACUAUCCUCUAUCAGUGCCUUUUCGGCAUUCUUUUAGGGCUUGCGAUUGGACACUUCUUCAAUCGUGCCUAUAUUUUCAGUCACAGCCGUGAGAUGAUGGGUCGCGCAUCCUAUCUCGCUUUCUACUUUCUCCUUGCGAUCUUCUCCCUUGGGGUUGCGUCCACUCUUGGAGUAGAUGACUUCCUGGUCACAUUCUGUGCGGGUUUAGGCUUCUCGCAUGGAGGCAAUACGCCUACGGCGGAUACCCGACUUCCUGUCAUCAUUGACCUGAUGCUCAACUCCACCAUGUUCGUCUUCUUUGGUGCGAUGAUUCCCUGGGAAUCUUUCGGCCAUCUAGACUCCAUAACGACACCUCGUCUCUUCGGCGCUCUCAUACUGAUCCUGCUGUUCCGCCGAAUCCCAAUUGUCUACGUUUUCCAUAAGAUGCGCCUGCUCCCGCACAUCCGCAGCACCUACGAAGCACUGUUCUGUGGCCAUUUUGGACCCAUGGGCGUGGGCGCACUCUUCCUUGCGAUUGAAGCUCGCGCCCAGAUGGAGACGGAUACCUCUCUUCCACUGCCCAAUCCCCCAUCUGAUCUACCCAUGGAAAAGCAGAGGACUAUCACUCUCGUCUGGCCGAUCAUCUGUUUCAUAGUACUUGGAAGUACUCUGGUCCACGGCUUAAGCACGCUAGCCAUCAGUAUUGGCGGGCAUUUCACGAGGGAUAAGGGCGAGAGGGCGCCGUUGAUUGGUGCUGAAAGAGAUGGGUUCCAGGGGAUGGUGUUUGAUCGUGAAGACGAAGAGAAUUCGGAAGUGUCCGAUGAAGAACAGGAGGAGGAAGAAUUUAGAGGAUACCUGCGCGGUAGAACGUAA